GCCGCGCCGAGGGAGGGGCCGGCUCCAGCUCCGGGGCUGUGCCCGCCCCGCCCCGCCCCGCCCCCGGGCCCGCCCAUCGCUGAUCGGCUGCUUGCAUUGGCCCGCCCCGCGCACUGGCCUGUCCCGGGCAUUGGCCAGCGGCCGGGAGGACUGGCCCAGCUGCCGUGCACUUCCGGCCGGUGGCCGGCCCGGGGCGCACCGCCCCUUCCGCUGCCGCCCAGCUAACCCAGCCCCGGUCCCAGCCUCCGCCGUCCCGGCGUCGCUUCGGAGCGCGGCGGCAGCUGACUGCGCCUUCACGAUCCGCUGGGACCCGCGAGCCCCGCCGCCGUUAUGAACAUCCGCAAUGCGAGGCCGGAGGACCUGAUGAACAUGCAGCACUGCAACCUCCUCUGCCUGCCCGAGAACUACCAGAUGAAAUACUACUUCUACCAUGGCCUCUCCUGGCCCCAGCUCUCUUACAUUGCUGAGGACGAGAAUGGGAAGAUUGUGGGGUAUGUCCUGGCCAAAAUGGAAGAGGACCCAGAUGAUGUGCCCCAUGGACAUAUCACCUCAUUGGCUGUGAAGCGUUCCCACCGGCGCCUCGGUCUGGCACAGAAACUGAUGGACCAGGCCUCUCGAGCCAUGAUAGAGAACUUCAAUGCCAAAUACGUCUCCCUGCAUGUCAGGAAGAGUAACCGGGCCGCCCUGCACCUCUAUUCCAACACCCUCAACUUUCAGAUCAGUGAAGUGGAGCCCAAAUACUAUGCAGAUGGGGAGGAUGCCUACGCCAUGAAGCGGGAUCUCACCCAGAUGGCCGACGAGCUGAGGCGGCACCUGGAGCUGAAGGAGAAGGGCAGGCACGUGGUGCUGGGCGCCAUCGAGAACAAGGUGGAGAGCAAAGGCAGUUCACCUCCGAGCUCAGUAGAGGCCUGUCGGGAGGAGAAGGGCCUGGCUGCCGAGGAUAGUGGUGGGGACAGCAAGGACCUCAGCGAGGUCAGCGAGACCACAGAGAGCACAGAUGUCAAAGACAGCUCAGAGGCCUCCGACUCGGCCUCCUAGAGCCUGCCCCAUCCCUUCCUCACCCCACGAGCUUUCACAAUAAAUUUGCUCCGUGGCACUGGG